AAAAUCUCAAUUUUCGUCCGGAUUGUGUAUGAUUCAAAUGAGGCUAUCGAUUUCAUCACUUCAUACUACCUAAUUAAUUCAGGUCUAUCUUCUUUUUCGGUACUUGGAUUUUUAUUCCUUUUUUGCAAUUCUUUUUAUUGCCACCAAAACUAUAAUUUUCCCUUUCUCUAGAUGUACCUUUAUGGAACAUCUCUGAGUGUUUGGAUAAGUGUCCGUAUCGGUGAAUUUGGAAGUCUUAUUGCCCUGUAUUGAUUAGCUGCUGGAUGUUUGCUAUGUUCGGUUCUCUCACGACAGAGCUCGAUAGUGAUAUGAGCAUAGUCGUUAAAAACCUACAAUUCUACAAUUUGUAUUGUCUCCUUCAAAAAAGGAAUCUCUCUAAUGAAGUUGUUAAAAACCUACGAUCCAACAAUUUGAAUUGUCUACAAUUUGAAUUGUCUACAAUUUGAAGUGAAGAUCAAGAUUGGGCUUUGUUGUUGAUUGACAGAAUUUAAAUUGACAAUCUCUAUAACUUUUAUAUGGAAAAAGAGCUGAUGUUUCUUGCCCAAUCAUGGCUGGAUGGAAAUGAGAAUUUUCAAACACAAUUGAUAGGGAUGGCAAUAUGGCACCUAUCAACAUGGCUAAUGGAUGUUUUUUUUGAAACUCAGAACCACAAUGGGAUGAGAUUCUGGAGAUUAUCAAGAUUAGAAUAGUUUUUGGGGUGAAAAUGAAGUGGGGAACGAAUGACUUUUUUUUGGGUAAGUGGGAACGAAUGACUUUAGCAGCAAUGACUUCUUAAGGCAAUAAAGGAAUCUCUCUAAUGGAGUUCGAGGGUAUGCUGUUGAAGUUGCAGGGCUUCGAUCAAGAGACUUUAUUGGUGUGUGUUGUGUAGCAGUGGGUGGGUGUGUGGUGCAUCAGUGAGUGACUGAAUGGGGAGAGUCGUUUUGCUAGCUGGGACUCUAACUAGUAUUGUGGUCAUUUCCUCGACGCUAUACACGUUCUGGGCUGCUAAAAACGGCUGGGACUUCCAUUUCAUGGGGCCGUUUCUCUUCACCUCCCUCUUGGUGCUCAUUGCUGUUGCUCUGAUUCAGGGUACAGAUAAUCUCAUCAAGCGCUUCAACUACAAUGAGUACAUCUGGGCUGCAAUCUCCCUUUAUCUGGACAUUAUCAACCUUUUCCUUGCUUUGCUUCACCGAUAAAUGAAGAGAAGUUAUGAUCAAAUGCUUGUAAAUAUUCCUUGUCCAAUAUAGGAUAGUCUUAGCAUGGAAAUAGUUAGUUGCUUAUCUUUAGAACUGGUUAGGUUCAUGUACAUGGUGCUCAGACACAACAAAUGUAUGUUUAGCAAUUUAUACUCCUACCUGGGUUGGUUUUAUAUGUGCCCUAAUUUCUCCUUGUGGGUAAUGUUCUGUUUUUAUUCCUUUCUGUUG